GAGCCCUCUCAAGUAUGCAACAGUCAGGCAGAUGGCGUGUCUCAACCCCUCUGCCAUGUUCAGGGAACCAGACACGUGCAAGAGGCAGAUGAAAAGUCUUGUUCAGACAUUUCUACAAGACAAACAGCUGGCAGGAGGAGUUUCUGCUGGGGACGUCAUUCUCCAACAGUUUGAAGCCUUCCUGUCUCUGGAGUGCAGAAGUGAGGAGUUCCUUUCCUUCUCACCGAUGCAAAAAAGGCUUGACGUCUUCUUGAGCAGUUUCCUCAGGAACUACCCGGAGCUUUUUGCUUUUUGCCAGAAGCUGCUGAUUUUGUCACACGGACAGGCCACUGUUGAGAGAGGUUUUUCAGUGAAUAAAGAAAUCGAAACCUACAACAUGCAGGAGGACACUCUGGAAGCACAGAGGCUUGUUUGUGACUAUGUCACUCGACAUGGGGGAGUAACCAAAGUCCCACUCACAAGAGAGCUCUUGGAUUCAGUGGCGUCAGCCAGGAGCAGAUACCGUCUCCAUCUUGAGACAGAGAGAAAGAAAAAAGAGUGUCUUGCAAAGGGCCAAAAGAGAAAGGCAGCUGAGGAUUACUUGGAGGAACUGAAAAAAAGGAGGAACACUAUAAAAACAGUUGCACAAACUCUAUCCAGAGAUGCGGACAUGUUAGCAGAGGAGGCUGAGGGCAAGGCUGGCAGCAAGAUGGCACAGCUAAUAACAAAAUCAAAUGCUCUGAGGAGGGCCAGCAAGGACAAAGACACUGAGCUCAAGAGCAUUGAGGAGGAGAUUGUUGCCAAAGGAGAGGAGCUGAGACAUAUGUAGUGUGCGCGCGCGC